AUGUUGAAGGGCAACAGCGAGCAGUUCAAGACAUUCCUCAAGGAGGACCUCAAGAAGGGCCGACACCGACCUGGAACUUUGAAGGAGUUCCCAGAGGAGCUACGCGGAGACAUCUCGUUACACAUCCACCGCGAGAUCCUGUCACUACCCAUCUUUGAGACGGCGUCGCAGGGGUGCCUCAAGCUACUUAGCCUCCACAUCAGAAACAACUUCUGCGCGCCGGGGGAGUAUCUGCUGCACCGCGGGGACGUGCUACACUACAUCUUCUACCUUUGCAACGGCUCCAUGGAGGUGGUGAUGGAUGACAUGGUUGUUGCCAUCCUAGGUAAAGGAGACUUGGUGGGCACCGACGUGGACAUGCACCUCAGAAAUGGACUCGACACAGUGGUAAAGUCAUCAUGUGAUGUCAAAGCGCUCACGUACUGCGAUCUCAAGUCCAUCUUCAUCCCGGGCCUCAUGGAAGUACUUAAGCUGUACCUCGAGUAUCAACAGGAGUUUGCCAACGACAUCAAGCACGACCUGACCUACAACCUGAGGGAGGGCUACGACAACGAGCAGCAAGACAUGGAUAUUGGCUCUGGGAAAAACUUGCUGCCCUCCAUCAGUGAAGACGACGAGGAACGAGGCAGUGAAGAGGAGGACAAGUCCCCAGUAUCCACAUCACCACGCUCACCACUACACUCCCGCACCACCACAAGGUUCAACUUUUCACGGAACGAGGAGGAUGUCGGGAGUCCUCGCUGGGGACACCGCAGCCGUGAGCGAAGCGGUGGUACACCAGUGCGGGGUGCCCUCAAGACACUCUCCCCAACACGCCUGCAUCACCGCUCCAAUGAUGAGUUACGCUGCGAUGACCAGGCUAAAGUGCAGUUGGAAAAACUGGACACGCAGGUCAACACGCUGCAUUCCGAUGUGAGCGGACUCACCCAAGAGGUUCGGUCGGCACUGCAACUGCUUCAGUCUAUCAGCCACAACAUCGGGGGCAUCGAAAAUGAAGCUGGCGCCGAUGAAGAGGGCAGCUGCUACACGGUGGCUAGCCAUGACGGGAGACGGUUGAUGUGCAUUACCAACGUUGGCAACAGAAGUGGGAAUGGGAAUGGUGACGGCGGCAGCGGCGGCAACAGUUACAUGCAGGAAAAUCGCCUUACCCCAAUGUGCAGGUCUUCACCAAGUGUUUUCGCCGCCACCUGCCGCGAGUCAAAAGGUUCUCCGUCUUUGGGACGUCACCGCACCCGCAAUGUUUCCACACAGACUGAUCUCCCCAUCAAUGUUCCUGUCGCGGUACUCGAGGCAUUUGUCCUAGCUCACCGGUCUCGCGUUCUUCAGCUGCUUGGAGUGCAGGACACUGCUGCCCCUGCCCACGAGUCCCCCAACACCACACAACAAACCCCAGCCGCUUCUUCCCCACCAGUCAGUGAACUAUGUGCAAGUGACGUGGAUGGGACAAGCACCAGUAGUUCAGAAAACCUAUCAUCCUCUUCUGAGUCAGAUCAGUCUCACAGCGGGACUCAGUCCCCUCCAGGGCAGAACUCUGUACAAAAUCAAAAACCCUCCAUAUCAAUACAGCCAGUAACCAGCGUCGGUGGUGAUACCAGAAACAAUAACAAUAACAAAACUCCCAGUGCACCCACGCCUCCGCUUGAGAUGUAUCAGCUGACAAAUCUUCAGAAUUGGAAUCCAAUCCCACAUCUCAGCAGAUCAUUUAUUUCAUCAUCGCGGAGUACUGGGAGCCUUAAAGAUAUACUGUCAAAUAAUGUUAAGAACAAGACACGUCAGACGCCAAGUAAGCAGAGUGGUGCCUGUCCGGCCCUUGUUCAUAACCAAGUUCCCAAAAGCGAAACAGACGCCAACAAGACCCUGGUCCACUAUGGCUGCACCUCUAACUGCCCUAAAACGGAUCUCAUUUGUUUCUCCGAGGUGAACCACACCAUGACACGGAGUACCUCUAUGCCGGUCGCCUCAUACAAGUAUCAACCAAAUCCUUCCAGUUGCCCUGUAGCUCUCAGCCCUCCCCACUCGAUCAGAUCACCCGCAACUCCAGUCUCACAGUCUCCUACAGAAGUCAUGCCUCAAGCUACCACAAGAGAAACUCAAAAUAAGAUGCCGACAUAUGUAACAGAUUUCUAGCCAAGGAUCAAAAACAAUGAUCACUUUGCGACGUCAGUACAAACAAAGAGUUGGUAGUAUCACGCUGAUGGUUGUCCCUCAGUUGGUAGGGAAGCACUUCACCUGUUCUUGCGCUUUGCACGCUUUCUUCAGCAGUUUUUUUUUAUUGCAUCUGCUGAAUCUCAUCUUUUAAAGUAUGCCUCUUGUGAUUAUUCAACACCAAAUUUACCCUCACAGUGGCCAAAUAAAAUAUAACUUCGAAAUAUAGGCUCCUCUCUCAGAGAUUUUUUUCAGUAUUAUUAUAAUCUUAACAAUUAAGGUUAUGCACAUACACUUUGUUGUAAGGAUGCACAAAAGAAAUACACACAGCUCAUGAGAGACAGAUGGCAAACAAUUGCCCAAAUGCAGUGGCCAAACACUUAAUGUUCUAGACUCUAUUCAUUGUUCACUCCAUCCACCGUAAGGUAAUAUGUGUACUACCAUUACUAGUUUCGCAGUGUUCCAUAACAAACAGAUGACUUGUCCAGGACAGCUGAGGCCUAUGGACAUGAAACUGUGCAGUGCCAGUUGGUCUUGGUCACGUCAUCUGCCGGCAUGUGCGUGAGUCUCCGCGCACCCUUUCCGUGCUGGGCAGUCUUGGUCCGCCUAUUCAAACAGUACUCUCUCUCUCUCUCUCUCUCUCUCUCUCUCUCUCUCUCUCUCUCUCUCUCUCUCUCUCUCUCUCUCUCUCUCUCUCUCUCUCUCUCUCUCGUUCCUGGUUGGUUAACACUGUUGUUAACUUUGCAUUGAAAUUCAGAUAUAUUUAAGCAAGCUUUAUCGACAUAAUUCCUAUAUAGUGUACAUUUUCGUACACAGGAAAAGAUGUUAUACUUGUACGAUGCAAACACAAUCUGAAAAGAUGCUUUAUAUUUUUAUUGAACUACUUAUGCUCUAACUCUGGUUCAUCUACCUCCACUAACUAAAAUAGUUUAUAAGAUUUAUUUAUACUCUUGUGUAUAGCCUACAUAUUACAAAUGGUCUUAAUCCACAUAUUGUAUCUUGUUAAAAGAAGCAGUGUGUUUCCUGCUGUGCAAGACUCACGGUGUAACUAGUCCAUUUCUUGUGGUGUUUGAUAUGCUCGUAUUGUGUGUGUGUGUGUGUGUGUGUGUGUGUGUGUGUGUGUGUGUGUGUGCUCACAAUAUAUGUGAUCAUGCCUAUGUGUUAUUAUGCUGUGGUUCUUGCUUUGAAAUCAGGAUAUCUCCUGAAUAAAGUCAACGUUGCAAAUAGCAGCGCAUAAGUGACCACCCAACAACUUAAACUCGCCUUUAGAAGGGGUCACGUGAACACUACUCCGGCAGCUGCCUCCAGAAUCCAGAUAACUGGUCCUCACCUCUGGAACUUAGGACUUUUCAAGCUUCAUUCACCUUAAUAAAGCAAAUUUUGUUCUGAAGACUCAUAUGGAGGAGACACCUAUUUUGUAGUAUGUUUUCUCUUUUAUUAUAGCUGCCGAGUUAUUAUCUUCAACGAUGCAUGUUUAUAAUCAAUAACAUAUUUAUAAUCAAUAACAUAUAUUGAGAAUACCAAAGUAUGCAUUUUUUAAUAUAUCUUCUAUGUCCUACAAUAUGAGAGAAGAAACACAAUUAGAGUCUUGAGCUGUGAAAGUACGACUUUCCUGCACCAAUUUCCAAUUAGAGUGAAACUAAUAUUAUCUAUAAAUAAAAUAUUUGUGUAAACCAAUUGACAGCAGCUUCAAACUGCACCAUGCAGCGUUGUUUAUUAUAUAUUAUGGUUAAAUUUGGUCCUAAUAACACACACACACACACACACACACACACACACACACACACACACACACAUACACACACUGUGGCGAAAGUACAGGGCGGACGUAGAAUCGCCAACACAUUUUCAAGAGGAAUUGGUUUACCGGCGAUCUAAAGACCUAGGAUGUGGCUGAGGGUUGGGAGAGAUGCUUUAGUGCUGUUCCGUCUCUAAUAAGUGCAGUUUGAGCACAUUAAGAACAAGAAAAUGGAAGGAGUGCUGGGCAAAGCCCUGGAUGGGUCCAGUGCUGGUCUGUUUACUCGUGUAACGAGGCCAAAGAUCAAGAAGGGGGCGGUUAGUGGAUUUCCAUGGUUUUGGUCAAGAAGAAGGCAUACUUCCUGGUAGAAUGGCAUACACAAAAAUUGUUGUUGCUGGAAAAAUUAGUUCAUGAUCUGUCAGAAAAAGUGGAAAAAAUGGAAGAAAGGUAAAAAUUGAUGGAAGAAGAAAAUAUAGAUUUGAAACAAAGUGCAAUAAACAUCGGAUAAUGAUGAAGAAAAAUGAGGAAAAGGUGGAAGUAAAUAUGGAGAAUGGUAAGGAAUUAAGUGAGAACCAAAACCAAUGGAAGAAGGAAUAAGAGAAAACAAGUUUUAAUUAAAGAGAUUGUGGAAUAGCUUGAGGAAGAAACAAAAGUGUCACAAGUGAAAGUGAUAAAGGAGAAGGAAGGGCUAGUGAGACACACCGUGGAAAAAAAAAAAGUGUAAUUAUGUUUGGCACAACGGAAAAAGCGUUGCCAAUAUGACGUGAGAGAUAAAAGAAUGAAAAAAAGGGUAGAUGUGGAGACAGAGGGGUUCAGAAUGAGGGUAGUAAUUCAGAUGAGGAAACUGAAGAGGUGGCACGGAUAGGCGAGCAUGUGGAAGAAGAGCAGUGACCACUGAAAGUAAGAUUUAGAUCACAAGUGGGAGUGGAAGAAGUGUUGGCUGGAGAAUGGAAGCUCAAAAGCAGGGGUUCCCAACUAUUGUUUGCUCAUUACCCUGCUCUCCACACCUUUCACUCAUUACCCCAUUUUGCUUAUGCUUCCACAACUGCAUUGUAGCCCAUACUUUAAAAAAAUGUAUUAAUAUAUUUGCAUGUGGCAUUAUGCAGGGAAGUAAAGAACUUUUGAAUAAAAGGACAGAAAGGAACAGAUUCAGCUGCCCUAGUCUACAGCCUAAUACAAUGGGUAUAAUUUUACUAAGAUUUUUUUUCUUGGUCACCCUCUGUCUCCCGAUUACCCCACAGAAAAGACCAAAUUACCCCACUUGGGGUAGGUAAUUUACCCCACGUUGGGAACCCCUGCUCUAAAGGAAGGAGGAGCGGCAAUGCUCAGU